AGUUUCAUUUUAUAUAUAUCAUGUUCAAAUCAAGGAAAACUAGUGUUAAUAGAUUUGCUGCAGCUUCUACUCGUCAAAGAGUUCAUAUAGAACAAGACUCUGUAUUGGAUUCAGAAUACCCUUUUCGACUCAACUUUUACUUACAACCUCCUCCUGCUGAUAUUACUAUUGAAGAAUUUGAAUUAUUUGCACUAGAUCGUUUACAAGUACUUAAGGCUGUCGAAACAUCAAAAUUACGUAACAGGAACGAAGAAGAAUACAAAAAAGAUAUUCAGUUAGCUUUGGAUAAAUAUUUACCUAUGAAAUCAAAUGCUGCAAAAACAGAUCUAGUGGAAGAACGAAGAAAGGAUCAUAUUAGUCAUUUUGUUUUACGUUUAGCUUAUUGUCGAAGUGAAGAAUCAAGAGAAUGGUUUUUACGUCAGGAAGAUGCUUUAUUCAAAUUCAGAUUCGAACAAGAAAAUAUGGAUGAUAAGAAAAGAUUUUUAGAAACGGCUAACUUGGAUUGGAAAGUGGUGGACCCUGAAACAAAGAAAAGAAUUCAACCACAAUUAGAACGAUGUGUAUCAGGAAAAACAUUCAAGGAUAAAACUACUGCAGCUUCUCAUGUUGUUAAUGAAACAUAUUUUGAAGUCCCAUUUGAAAAAGUCCCUGAUCUCGUACGACGUCGUGGUGUAUACGUUCACAAAGGCAAAGCUUAUGUUCCAAUGUCAAAUCAAAUUAGUUUGGUACAAGAUGAAUUCAAAAAACGUUUGGCCAAAAUGUUACAGGCAACAGCAAAAGCAUUACCACGACUGGAGGAAGAUGAUCGAUUGAAACCUAUUUUAUUAAAUGUGGAAAAACAAUAUAUUGGUAAAAUAUAUACUGGAUCUGCUGAUUCCAAUGGUGACUUGAAGGCAGCUGAUGUGGAUGUGAUGGUAGAGAAUCAUGCUCCUUUGUGUAUGCGAACAUUACAUAGUGCACUUCGUCGGGACAAACAUUUGAAACAUGGUGGUAGAAUGCAGUAUGGUCUUUUUCUCAAGGCCAUUGGAUUAUCGGUUGAAGAAGCUUUAUUGUUCUGGCGAACAGCAUUUACCAACAAAACAGAUGAACAAUUCCAAAAGGAAUAUGCUUACAAUAUUCGACACAAUUAUGGAUUGGAAGGAAAACGAGUUAGUUAUACUGCAUAUAGUUGUAAUACCAUCAUCAAAGGAAAUUCUCCAUCUACAGGUGAUUACCAUGGCUGCCCAUUCCGACAUUUCUCAAAUGGCAAUUUAGAAGCAAGGUUAUACAAGGACAAGAUACCUCCCGAUCAAGUCAAAGAAAUCAUGAACUUGGUGCAUGGAUCUCAUUAUCAAGUGGCUUGCACGAAAUAUUUUGAAAUCACUCAUCCACGACAUGACAAGAUAGAUACAAUUGAACAUCCUAAUGCUUAUUAUGAACUUAGUUUAGGUUUAACGGACGAAGCUAUGGAAGUGGAAAAAGAAAUAAAGUAGUUUUUUUUUUUUUUUUAUCAACCUU